AUGCACCUGAGAAAAACGCAGAGCGGUUCCAAAUUUGCACCGGACGGGGCCAGAGAAAGGCAGGGCCUGAAGCCAGCGUGCAGGGCAGGAGCGCCGUUUCAAUGCCCGGGGCCCAGAGCCCGGGCGAGGAGCGCCGCGGCGGCGAACUCGGACAAGCCCUCGGUGCGAAGCCGUCGCCGGAGACGGUGGGCACGUGCGCCUGCCAUGCCGGCCGGAGGGCGAGCGGCCGUCACUGGCCCCGGCCCUCGCUGCCUGAUCGCGGCGGCGGAAGGCGAGUCGAGGCUUUCGGUGACACAGCUGCCAAAACAGCCGGCGUGGGACGAGCCACGGCGCCAGCCCCGGGAGGAACCUCUGGCACCCGGCGGGGCAAAGGAGAGCGGGCGGAGGGGGACCGCCGAUGUUGAUCUUGGGAGCCGCGCAGAGCCAGAGAGGCCCGUCUUCGCCCCGUCUCCCCGCAGCAGUGGGCUUGUCCACAUUAAAAACCCGCAUUCGGACUCAAUGGAGGAGAACGUUCUGUAUCAUCUGGACUUGGGAACGAAGACGCACAACCUGCCAGCUAUGUUUGGGGACAUAAAGCUUGUCUGCGUUGGCAGCAGCCCAAACAGGAUGAGGGCAUUUGCCCAGUUCAUGCACAAGCAGCUGGGACUGGCGGGCGACGGGGAGGACCUGGCAGACAUCCGCACAGGGAUGGACCAGUACGCCACGUACCGGGCUGGGCCGGUGCUUCCAUCACACGGAAUGGGCAUCCCUUCCAUUUCCAUCAUGCUUCAGGAGGAACUAAUCAAACUGCUGCACCACGCAAAAUGCCGAGACGUUACUAUUAUAUGCAUCGGUACUUCUGGAGGCAUGGGGAUCGAGGCCGGGUCUGUUGUGAUCACGGACAUGGCGGUGGACUCCUCCUUCCAGCCACGGUUUGAGCUGGUGGUGCUGGGUGACGUGGUGGUGCGGAGCACUGAGCUGGACAAGGACCUCGUAGGGGAACUACCUGCCUGCAGCAAGGAGAUUCCUGACCUUCCCACGCUCGUCAGCCAUACUAUGUGCACCUAUGACUUCUACAAAGGUAAAACGAUCUUUGACUGUCCUUCCUCCCCCCAAACAUAAUGCCAAGUCUUUACAUUCUUAUGUAGGCAAAACUAUCCAUGGUACCAAAGCCUAAGAAGGGCUGCAGGAGCAGACCCACCUGAUACGUUAGAGCUUCUUCAGUGGUCAGAGCAGGGUACUCAUCCAGAACACACGAUACCAGUUUUGGCACUUUGCUAGGGCGAGUCCUCCUCUGCUAAUUGGUCUCUUGUUCAUCUGACAGUUAAAUUUGGUAACGUCACCUGCAAGGCCAGCGCUGCUGUAGCUGAUGGUGGAUCAAGAGUGAAGAUCCACCCAGCAGCGGUUGCUCCCUGGGGCAAUGCAGAUGCCCGGGGGACCUCUGCUGCUCCCCCAG